AUGCCUUCGUUUGAGCCAUCGGACGCCACCAUGCAGCCUUUCCUGCAACCCGUUAUUGAUACCCAAUCGGCGGCGGUGGUGGUGGCAUUAAUCGGGCGGACUGCAUUAGGGAGAGGUGGCAGUGAGCUCGACGCCGCCGCCCCCAGCCAGGUGGCCUUCGUCGGUUGGUCGAUGGCAAAUACACGGGGGGCACAGCCUGGAGCCUUACCUCGAUCUCUCGGCAUUUCCUGCGGCCCGGCCAUGUUUCAAUCAUGGUAUUUCAAGGGCGCUGCCGCACUCGCUUUUCCCCGGGGGCUAACGCCGUCCAUACCCACCGAAGCCGAGGGCGGGAAUGCCGGCUCUGAACUCGCGAGGCGAGGUUGCAACAUUCGUGACGUGAUUCUACUACACUCGCGGACAGAAUGGUCGGUGCGGCCUAUCACCGAGAAUGAUCUGGGACUCGAGGUGCUGUACGAUGGGACCACACAGCCUGGCGCCCAUAAGCCCGUCGACAUCGUCGCUGUCCAUGGGAUGGGCGCCCAUCCCGACGACACCUGGUGCAGUCAAGUCCCCGACCAAGACCCUCCGACUUAUGUCAACUGGCUGAAAGACAAGGAGUUUCUCCCGGCCUCGGUACCUCAUGCCCGCAUUAUGCGAUACGGCUACAGCUCGCAAUGGUUUGGAAAGAACGCUACGAAGACCAAAAUGUCCGAUAUCAGCCAAGCGUUCUUGUUCGAUCUGGAUGAGUUCAGAGAGGACAAGAACCGGCCACUCAUACUUAUCGGGCACAGCUUUGGUGGCCUCGUGCUUUUGAAGACGCUGGUCGAUGCGAAUAUGGAACCAAAGCGCUGGCCGGGUACCUACGACUCGACAGUAGGCCUGGUCUUCCUCGGCACGCCCUUCCGCGGCACCCACGAUUCGCUCUCGCAAGGGGAGGUCCUGCUGAGAGCCUGGCAGCUUUUCGCAGCAGAAAGGCCUGUAUACUCGGAAAAUUUAGGUAUCCUCCGGGCGGGCGGAGAGCCGCUGAUAGAUCUAGUGGACACGUACCUUCGUGUCGCCCGGAAGAGCCCGAUGAUGCCAAGGGUGGCAUGCUUCUACGAACAAAAAGCGAGCGAAAUUGGCCGCAUUCUCGGCAAAGACGCCGGCACGGGAAUACAACCGGUCAUCCUCGUCGAUGAGACUUCAGGAAGCCUCGACCUGAACGACAAGUCGGACAAAUACGCGUUGCCACGAACCCAUUUUGACAUCCAUAGGUUCGGCAGCCCGCGUGAACAAGCGUUCCGCCAGGUGCGGAGCGUGAUUCGAAAGAUGGUCGAUGAGGGCCGGGAGAUGGUACAUUCUCAAUGUGAUGAGAACGACAAGCGUGGAUGCAUCCAAUCCCUCUGCUUCCCCAAUAUUGACGCUCGUCAGCAAGACAUUGCUUCCGCCCAUCCCGGAACCUGUGAUUGGCUUUUCCGUACCGACGAGUUUCGAAUAUGGCAGACCCGUACAGACCUCACAGGCGACCAAGGAGUUCUCUGGAUCAAAGGGAAGCCUGGGGCAGGGAAGUCGACACUGAUGAAGCAUACCUGGGGCCACUGCAAGCAAGCCUUCGAGAAAUACACCAGAGCAGCAUACUUUUUCAACGCGCGAGGCGUUGAUCUCGAAAAGACGCCUUGCGGUAUGCUACGUUCUCUGGUAUACCAGCUGGUCACCCAAGAACCUUCCACGCUCAGACGCUUCCUUCCCAUUUUCCGCGACAAACGGGAGAAACAUGGAACACAGUGGGAGUGGCGGGAGUCGGAACUGAAAGAGUUUCUGCUCUCCGAGAUGCAACACGACCAGCCAAAGCCGCUACUCCUUCUUGUGGAUGCCCUGGACGAGUGCAGCGAGCCACACGUGCGAGAUGUCGUCAAAUACCUCCAGGAUCUGAGCGACACAGCAGCCACCAACGCCAGGAUUCUCAACAUUUGCCUAUCGAGCCGCCAUUACCCACACAUCAGCAUGCGAACAUGUCAAGAGCUGGUCGUGGAAAGCAGCUGGGGACAUGAUAGAGACAUCGCUGCAUACGUCCGUGGGACCUUGAUCAAACCAGGCGGCGAGCUUGAGGGCGCCCUGAUCGGCAAGGCAUCUGGGGUUUUCAUGUGGGUCGUUCUUGUCGUCGCCAUGCUGAACAUAGCAUACGACGAGGGCAAGGUUGAAGCCAUGCAUCGCACAUUGCACGAGGUUCCUUCCGAUCUCGACGAUCUAUUUCAAACGCUGCUCGCAAGAGACAAGCCGGACAAGAAUGAGACCGUCCUCAUGUUACAGUGGGUCUUGUUCUCAAGGCGACCGUUGACGGCGAAAGAGCUUUUCUAUGCCACACUGGCUGGAACGAACGCCGAGAGCCAGGGCACUCCAGAUCCAUCAGUGAUAACACCAGCCGACAUCCGACGGCGUAUCACCAACUCCUCAAGAGGCCUCAUCGAGGUACGCAAAAACCGGGACGAGACGGUUCAGUUUAUCCACGAGACUGUCAACGACUUCCUUCUCCGGAACCAACGGCUCGAGAAGCUAGAUCCGGCCCUCGAAUUAAACCCCAUCGGUGCCAGCCAUUGUCGAUUACGCGCAAUCUGCACAUCGUACGCUGCUAGGGUCGUAUGGCAACCGGUGGAUAGCGCAGGACAGAUGGCAGUCUCUGGAUCUCGCUAUCCAUUCAUGAAUUAUGCCGUAUCUCGUUUCAUCCACCACGCCGAAGCAGCAGAGGUAGCACAUGUCGGGCAGGUCGACGCUCUGUGGCAGCUGACAGAAAACCAUGCUGCUAUGGAGCUAAUACAAGCCUGCGAUGCUGUUAGCAGGCCGCGUGUUCGGUCAUGCUCUAAAAAGGUCUGGCUGCUGUGCGCGGCGAUCACUGGAGGGCUAAGUAAACUUGCAAAGGCUAUUAUACUCGAAUGGGGCGGCCAUAUUGGUUGCGGGCACGAAUCUUGCGACAAGCCGCUUCAAAGAGCCUCACACAAAGAAAAUACGGAAAUAGUAGCGCUGCUACUCAGAAACGGCGCCGAUGUCAAUGCCCCGGCGAGGAUUUACGGCACUCCGCUCCAAGCAGCCGUAUCUGGAGGAAAUGUGGGAAUUGUGGCGCUGCUACUUGAAAACGGCGCCAAUUUUGUUGAUGCUUUGAGGGGGCAUUACAGCGACGAAGUCGGAGAAGUCGCAAGGGCAAGAAACCCGGAAAUGUCGGCGCUGCUAGUUGAGUAUGGUGCGCGAUACUGACGCUUUCGAUGGGUAGCAACGAUCGCCCGCCUCAUUUCGAGUGUGUUUUUAUCGG